AAUCGUUUUCUCAAUUUUUAGCAGCCACAAAACUAGUUUUAUCGUUAACUACAAAAAAAUAGAACCUUCCAAUUUUCUACAUAAAUACACACCCCUACUUUCCCCCUCCCUUUAUACUCUCCCCAACUCCCAACGCUACAACCCAACCGCCACCAUUAUAUUCCCCUCUUUCCCCACCCCUUCCCUUUCUCACCAUUGCAUUUUCUAACCUCCAUACAAAAAACCAAAGAAAAAUGGAAGUCCAAAUGUCAUCAGAAAUCCUCCAUGAUUUCUCCCCUCGUCUUCGAGUCUACAAAGAUGGCCGAAUCGAACGUCUUCUCAAAACUGACACUGUUCCACCAUCCUUUGAUUCAGCCACCUUAGUCAAUUCCAAGGACGUAACCAUCUCACCGGGCUUAUCAGCCCGUAUUUUCCGACCCAUCAAAGUUGACCCUCCAAACUCUAAACUUCCGAUCCUUAUUUACAUCCAUGGCGGCGCCUUUUGCCUCUACUCUGCUUCGUCUUCAAUCUACCACAGCUACCUCAACUCCCUCGUAUCACAAGCUCACUGUAUCGCCAUCUCUGUCGAUUACCGCCUCGCUCCGGAGUACCCGAUGCCUGUUUGCUAUGACGAUUCUUUGGCCGCGACAAAGUGGGUAUUAUCUCAUUCAACCGGGUCAGGGCCCGAGCCCUGGCUCAAUGACCGGGCUGAUUUUGAUCAGGUCUUUCUUGCUGGGGAUAGUGCUGGAGCUAACAUUGUCCAUGACAUUGUAACUCGGAUUCAGUCUGAGUCUGAUGGGUCUGGGUCUAGGUCUGAGUCUUGUUUUGCAGGGAUCGCAAUGGUCCAUCCGUUCUUCGGAGACAGCGAACCCAAUGGGUUAUGGGAUUAUCUUUACCCCGAUACGACCGGGGUUUUAGACCCGAGGUUGAACCCUGCGGCUGACCCGGAGAAAAUGAGAAGAGAGAUUGUUGGAUGUAAGAAGGUGUUGGUUUGUGUCGGUGGGAAAGAUUUCUUAAGAGAAAGAGGAGUGAAAUACUAUGAAGUUUUCAGGGAAGGUCAAGAAAAUGGUGAAUGGGAAGGUGAAUUAGAGUUUAUGGAAAGUAAAGGAAGAGGUCAUGUUUUUCAUCUGUAUAAACCUGAUUGUGAUGAAGCUAAAGAUCUGCUUAAAAGGGUGGCUGAUUUUAUCAAUAAUUCAAACUCACAAAUUUGUGCUUGUGAGAUGUGAUCAUGGUUUAGUACCUUGUCGGGUUUUGUUGUCGCAGUGCAUAUCAACAUAACUAAUAAUUCCGGACUGAUAUAAUUACUAAUUGGUUGAGGAAAGUUUAACUAUGAAAUGUAAAAAAUAUGGGGUUAAAUUUGUUAAAUCAUCUGUAAUGUUCUUGUUAGUUGUAGACUGGUAGUACUGUUUAAGCUAUAAUAAUGUCGCAUUAUUGUAAGUUAAUAACUUUGUUAGUUUGAAUCAAACUCUUGGUGAUUGGCUGAAUUGUUGGUUACAUGAUUGAAACUAAUCAAGUAAUCAUACCAUUGAUUAUUGUUGUACGAUAUAAAUUCCAGCAUCUGUUUUG